CGAAGCGCGCCGGAGAUGGCAAACGUGGCGCUCCUCUCCGCCGCCUCGCCCUCCACCUCAUCCGCCGCCUCGCUCCUCCCUCGCCGCCAUCCAUCUCGCCGCUCCGCCUGCUUCCCAAGACCAGCCUCCAAGCUGUCCGUCGUGGCCGCAAUGGGCGACGACCCGAUCAAGGAAUGGAUCCUCACGGAGGGGAAGGCCACGAAGAUUACAGGGACAAGCUCCAUCGGGGGUGGCUGCAUUAACGCUGCACAACGCUAUGAGACCGACGCUGGCUCCUUUUUCGUGAAGACCAACAGGCGCAUCGGUCCAUCUAUGUUUGAAGGGGAGGCUCUGGGCCUGAAGGCAAUGUAUGACACCAAGUCAAUCCGUGUUCCUUUGCCAUACAAGGUGGGAUCGUUACCAACCGGCGGAUCUUUUAUCAUCAUGGAGUUUAUUCAAUUUGGUCGUUCUAGAGGAGACCAGGUAACCUUGUCCAGAAACCCCUUUCAUACAAAGAAAAAGUCAGCUCUGGGAAGGAAGCUCGCUGAAAUGCAUAAAGCUGCAAAAUCUGAUAAGGGCUAUGGUUUCCAUGUUGAAAAUACAAUUGGAAGCACUCCCCAAAUUAACACUUGGACUGCUGACUGGAUUGAGUUUUACUCGAAGCAUAGGCUGGGAUACCAAUUAGAGUUGAUAUCACAGCGGUUUGGAGAUUCAGCCAUAUAUGAAAAAGGUCAGCGAUUGAUCAAGAAUAUGCAUCCACUUUUUGAUGGUGCUGUUAUUGAGCCAUGCCUUCUUCACGGAGAUUUAUGGAGUGGAAACAUAAGCUCUGAUACUAAUGGAGAUCCUGUGAUAUUGGAUCCAGCAUGCUACUAUGGACACAAUGAAGCAGAGUUUGGGAUGUCGUGGUGUGCUGGAUUUGGAGGGGAAUUCUAUAACUCUUAUUUUGAGGUGAUGCCAAAACAGCCAGGCUUUGAGAAGAGAAGGGACCUGUAUCUCCUCUACCACUACCUGAAUCACUACAACCUUUUUGGCUCUGGGUACCGCUCAUCAGCUAUGUCUAUCAUUGACGACUACUUGCGGAUGCUGAAGGCAUAGCCCCACUUAGUGCAACAGAAAAAGAAGUAAGCGAUGCAGGUAUAGAUGACAUGUUUUAUGUAUAAUUCUGCAGAUGUUGCGAACUUAGUGCAACAUCUUCACACUUCGCUGUACAUUCUUUUUACCCUUUUCUUACAGCACUGUACAACUGAAAGAUCUUCACAUAUAUAUAUGUAAAUGUGACGGUGUUAAUCCA